GACGAUUCAAUCUGAAACUGUGCUAAUUUCCUCAACAAAAACAGAACCCAAAUAACAUCUGCUGUUUGAUCCCCGCGAUAACCGCGUAAUCCCCGAGCAGAGCGGCUCACGGGCCCGGCCUGCUGUAUCCCGUCCGCUCUCUCAGGCUGCUGCUCAGACGGGGUUUGAAGGCCCAACUCGAGGAGAUCAGUGAUCCCAUUCGGUUUCAUAUUCAUUCCCUCCAACUGUUAACACAGCGAGCUCUUCCCAGCUAGCUGGGCCAGAGGAACCCGGGGUGCCCUUUUGAUCAUUUCAAUCUCUCCUUGGUACAAUAGUUCUGAUUGGCUGAAGCAGUAAGAAGGGGAAAAUCUUUAAUGAAGCAGAUAAUCUCUUGUUGGGAUGAGAGCAGCUCCAUUUCAGAGCCCCCUUUGGCUCACACAUGAGAGCCCAGCCUCUGAGUCCUGCAUGUAACUUUACAGCUCGCUUGCAGCUUAUUUCCAAGCUAAAGACGCGUCUGCCAGUCCUCUUUCAGGAUGUUCAUACAUUUGGACGUUUAUUACUACAUUUUCAUCCUGAUGGUUCACAUGAAGUCUUGCUGCAGUUGGUCAGUGAAUAAUUUCCUGAUGACUGGCCCAAAGGCCUACCUGAUCUAUUCAAGCAGUGUGGCUGCAGGGGCUCAGAGUGGGAUUGAGGAAUGCAAGUAUCAGUUCGCCUGGGACCGUUGGAACUGUCCAGAACGAGCCCUGCAGCUCUCCACCCAUAGUGGACUCAGAAGUGCAAACCGGGAGACAGCUUUUGUCCAUGCCAUCAGCUCUGCUGGGGUCAUGUACACCCUCACAAGGAACUGCAGCCUCGGUGACUUUGACAACUGUGGUUGUGAUGACACCAGGAAUGGUCAGCGAGGUGGCCAGGGCUGGCUGUGGGGAGGCUGUAGUGACAAUGUGGGCUUUGGAGAGGCCAUCUCCAAGCAGUUUGUGGACGCACUAGAAACUGGGCAAGACGCACGGGCUGCCAUGAACCUGCACAACAAUGAAGCGGGACGCAAGGCAGUGAAAGGAACCAUGCAGAGGACAUGUAAGUGCCACGGUGUGUCCGGCAGCUGCACCACCCAGACGUGCUGGCUGCAGUUGCCUGAGUUUCGGGAAGUGGGCAAUUACCUGAAAGAGAAGUACCACCGUGCCAUUAAGGUGGACCUUCUACGAGGUGCGGGCAACAGUGCAGCCAGCCGCGGGGCCAUUGCAGAAACAUUCAGUUCCAUCUCUCGUAAAGAGCUGGUGCACCUGGAGGAUUCUCCUGACUAUUGUGUGGAAAACCGCACACUGGGUCUGCCGGGCACUGAAGGCCGUGAGUGCUUGAAGAAGGGCAAGAAUCUGAGCAAGUGGGAGAAGCGCAGCUGUAAGCGGCUCUGUAGUGACUGUGGACUGGCCGUGGAAGAACGCAGAGCAGAGACAGUGUCUAGUUGCAACUGCAAAUUCCACUGGUGCUGUGCUGUAAAAUGUGAGCAGUGCCGCAAGACUGUUACCAAGUACUAUUGCGUGAAGAGAGCCAAACGGGUUAAGAAUGACAGUGCAAGUCGAAGGAGAAGCCUUCGCUUAAAGAAGAAUCACUAAAGGAAGGAUUCAGCAUAGUAAAGAGUAAUCUUUAACAUGGACAAAAAACACAAUAAAUAUCAUUAUCCUUUGGAUAUCAUCAAGUUUUGGUGAUGCAUUAUCAAUAAAAUACUGGACUUAUUGGAAAGACCUAAACUGCAUAUGGAUGAGAAAAAAAAAAACAAACAAAAAAAUUGUGAUGGUAUCAAUAUUUUAUAAAGGAUUUCUAUAUUCACAAAUAUUCCUCAAACUGAUAUAUAUUU